CUCAUGCCUGGGAAGAAGGGGUUCCAAGGACAAACACUCUGUGGGGUUGCUGCCAGCCCUGUGGACACUCUGUGGCUCCCUCACACGUGCAGCCUGUGUGCUGUCACAUGCUGUGAAUGUCCUCAGAUAGUCUCUUCAGUCACCUAUCUGGGCAAAGUCUCUACCACAGGCAUGCAGUUUUUGUCUGGUUGCACGGAGAAGCCGGUCAUCGAACUCUGGAAGAAACACACACUGGCCCGAGAAGACGUUUUUCCAGCCAAUGCCCUCCUAGAGAUCCGUCCAUUCCAAGUGUGGCUUCACCACCUUGACCACAAGGGCGAGGCGACAGUGCACAUGGAUACCUUCCAGGUGGCUCGCAUUGCCUACUGCACAGCUGACCACAACGUGAGCCCCAACAUCUUCGCCUGGGUCUACAGAGAGAUCAACGAUGACCUGUCUUACCAGAUGGACUGCCAUGCAGUGCAAUGCGAGAGCAAGCUGGAGGCCAAGAAGCUGGCACAUGCUAUGAUGGAGGCCUUCAAGAAGACUUUUCACAGUAUGAAGAGUGAUGGGCGGAUUCACAGGAGCAGCUCAUCCGAAGAGGCUUCCCAGGAAUUAGAAUCUGACGAUGGCUGAAGGAACUUAAGAUGUUCCAGCGAAGGCAGCAUUUGGGCAAGGAGUUUCAGAAGAUAGAUGCGUCUGCAACGAUUCAAAUUUGGUAAUGAAAAGACUGCCAAAACCAUUGGCUGGCUGACCAUGCUUUUUAAAUUCAGAAGAGCAAUUCUAAAUCUAAAGAAAUGUAUCAUUAAU